UUUUUCUUAAGCCAUUCCAGAAUGCUAAUAUUUUACACAUCACACAAUUUACAUGCUGAAAUAUUACUCAACAACUUAUCAAUGUAUUGUCUUCUGUCACGGACCAACCCAGCCGGGUAUAGGGGUCUCUGGGGUGAGUUUUCUUGAAGUGGGUAAGGAUUUGGUGGUGACAAACAAAAACACAGAGGCAGUUUGAAUCUGAGUGAGAUUUGUAGUUCUCAAGCAAGGGAUUUUAUACAUUAAACCAAACAUGACACAACUCUUAGAAACCAUAUCUACUAAAACAAUUGUGAUUACCAACAAGAAUCACUUGGCACAGUAAAGCACAGAAUCAUCUAAGCAUUAUAACUCUGAAACUAUGUAUUCAGAACAGAACAGGUAACGUCAUCAUCAAAAAUAUAACUAUUUUCUUUGAGUUUGUUUAUGUAGUGGAUAGCACUGAUGGAUUUCCUUAUAUUGAACCAUCCCUGCAUCCCUGGGAUGAAGCCUACUUGAUCAUGGUGGAUGAUCGUUUUGAUGUGUUCUUGGAUUCGGUUGGCAAGAAUUUUAUUAAGUAUUUUUGCAUCAAUAUUCAUAAGGGAAAUUGGCCUGAAGUUCUCUUUCUUUGUUGGAUCUUAGUGUGGUUUUGGUAUCAGCAUCACUGUGGCUUCAUAGAACUUGUUGGGUAGAGUUCCUUCUGUUUUUAUUUUGUGGAAUAGUUUGAAGAGUAUUGGUGUUAGGUCUUCUAUGAAGGUCUGAUAGAAUUCUGCACUGAGGCCAUCUGGUCCCGUGCUUUAUUAAUUAGCCCAGAAGCUCUGAAUACCCAAGGCACAAAUUGCAUAACAAAUGACUCCCAGUAAGAAGUAUGGAGAGGGUCCUGAUCCUGGAAAGGACUGAUCUAGCAUUGGAGAGGACUAUAAGGACAGAGAAAAAGGAGGGAGGUGAUUGGAGAAUGGACGGAGAGAAGAAGGUUUAUGGGACGUAUGGGGAGGGGGGAUCUGGGAAAGGGGAAAUCAUUUGGAAUGUAAACAAAGAAUAUAGAAAGUAAAAAUAUUUUUAAAAAAAAAGAAGAAAAAAGAAAAAGCCUUUAAAAAAUAAAAAAUAACUAUUUUAAAAUAUAUAUAUUCAAUAGGGCGAUCAUCUGAGGCUAGUGGCGUAUUCCCAAGAACAGGUUAAUACAUUUUUAUGGUCAUUGCUUUUAACUACUGAACUAAUUUUGUAGCCCGUAUGAUUAAUUACUGCUUAACUUGUAUUAUCUGAUUUUUUUUAUAAAUCUUUAAAGCAUAAAUUUAAAUUAUUUUAAUUUUUUUUAAUUAAGGCUUCUUUACCAUAUAUCAAAACCCACUUCUAAUGACACACAUAUAGCCAUAUGAAAUUUUAUUGUUGGGAAGGUUUUUAUCUAUCAUAAUAAUUUUGUAAAUGAUUUUAAAAGUAAAGACUUGGUUUCGCUGGAGUCGAGGUCAUUUUAGUGAUGUUUCUCAAGGGGUGGUUUCACAUCCAUUAUUCUUGCUUAAGAUCAUUGUCUGGGCUACUAGGAACCUAUAGGUAAAGAAAGGAAUGGAAGUAAACAAACCAGAAAAUUUGCCAUGAGAACUACGGUUCAAUUGUUUUCCCUGGCUGAGAGUUCCUCAACCAGUUUCAGGAUACCUCCUUUCGAAGUCUAAUGCCUUAGUCUGUAGAACUUGUCACACAGAUUCUACUAGGGUUGUUGUGACAGUCUUCAUCUUAAAUUCCAUGUGUGAAUUCAUUCAUAUAAAUAUCAUGAACCUAUGAUAUAGUUUAUCAAUAGUAGAUAAACAUGCUCACACAUAGUUUAGAAAUAAUAAACAUCCUGGAAAAACAUUUGUAAGUACUGAUAAAAGACAAAAGUCUUAACUUCGAGAGAAAGCAUUAAAAUAGAAUAUUUAUACAAAUUUCCCGAAGGCUCAGAGAAUUAGGAUCUUAGAAAUUGUAACUGAGGCCAGAAGUGCCCUUCCCGGGUUGAGGCAGUUGAUGGCGAUUUGAGGGUCUCCAACAGCUUCUCAGGUUGAACUCCAAAAUCCUCCUGUGGCACUGUCUGUGGAGUUUGAGGGGUUUGCUGGUGUGAAAUGACUGAGUACAAACUGGUGGUAGUUGGAGCAGGUGGUGUUGGGAAAAGUGCUCUGAUUAUCCAGCUAAACCAGAACCAUUCUGUGAAUCAAUAUGAUCCCACCAUAGAGGACUCUUAGUGAAAACAAGUGGUGAUUGACAGUGAGAUCAUCUGUAUGCUGGACACAGCUGGAAAAGAGGCCUACAGCAACAUAAGCUACCAAUGCAUGAGGACAGGCAAAGGGUUCCUCUGUGUACUUACCACCAAUAAUAGCAAAUCAUUUGCAGAUAUUAACCUCUACAGAGAUCAAAUUAAGUGCAUUAAAAACUCUGAUGAUGUCCCCAUGGUGCUGGUAGAGAACAGGUGUGACUUGCCAAAAAGGACAAUUGACACAAAGCAAGCCCACAAGCUGGCCAAAAGUUAUGGAAUUCCAUUCAUUGAAACCUCAGCCAAGAUCCAAUAGGGUGUGGAAGAUGCCUUUUAUCCGCUUAUAAAGGAGAUACGCCAGAAUAAAAGGGUCUGAAAAUGUAACAACAUCUCGGCCUCACCCACAGCUCACAGGUGUCUCCAGUCCUGGGAGAGAAACACAUUAAAUUUCAUCCUUAUAGUGCUAACAGGAGGCAUCAGGCAAAAGUCUAUAAGCAGGAGUAAUAAGCAGGGAGCAAAUAUGGAUGAACUGUUUUCUAUUAUGUUACUGACUCGUUCAAGUUUUGAAACCAUGACCUAGUCCAUUAGCACCAUGGUUUAUUCAACUGAGAUAAUUAUUCAAGCCCCUAUAGGAUGCUCAAACUGCUCUAGACUGAGAGAAGAGGGGUGAUGAGAAGGGAACUGAAGGCCCCUCCCUGUUAAUUGUUAACCUGCCUGUUAAUUGUUAAUAACUAUAUUUAAUGUUUGAAAAAUCAUUCAUCUCAGCUAUAAAGUAAUAACAUGUGAAUUUUUACAGUAUCUGACUACUAAUAAAUGGAGGACUUCCUGGUAUGAAGCAAUUUAUUAUAAUGGAAGCUCAUUGAUGAUUAAAUUAUCAGUAAGCUAGAAGAAAUUACAAAUAUUGAUAGGUGGUGCCUACCAAAUAAAGAUUAGCUAGAGUUAAAUUAAAUUACUCAUAAUUGUUUCAUUUCUAUCUUUCUCCUUGUAGAAUCCCAAACAGGGAAACUAUCUUCAUGAACAUACACAAAGCAUCUGCCAUCCGUAGAUACACCUUUCCAUCAAAGACUGAUGGCUCACAGCCACUUUCCUAUACAUUAGUUCUUGAAACAUCUGUUCCAAUUACAAACUGUAAUAGAAUCCUACAGAGCACUUCUAGGAACAAGGCACUUUGAUGUGAAUGUUGGAUUCAAUAGCAAGCACCUGAAAGUAUUCAUGUGCACAUUUAUGAAUACAGAGCAGAUACCAGUUUAUAGAACAUAGCUAAUCACACUACAAAUCAAUCAGAAACAUUAGUUAUAUUCUUGGAAAGAGAGUAAUUUAUGAUAUUUUCCCCUAACUAACAAGGCUAAGUUCAACAGUUGGGGGCAGGGGGAAGCCACCAGCAGUUGUUACCUUAGAGCUUAAGAAACUGUUGUCAACAGAAUUGCAUGUCUACAGUUUGGUUCUCUGCAUCAAUGUAAACUGCUUUUCAGAGGACAAAGCCAGCUCACAGGUGUGUUUGUUUCUAGGGGAAACCCAGGGUAGAGAACCACUGGGGAGAAACAGGUCCAUUUUUCUGGUCAGACAGCUAAACAAGGAGGUAGUUAUUGUGAGAGGUCUCAGGUUAGAUGGCUGUGCUCAGUCACCAAGUCAGGGAAGCAGGAGCUUCACUGAGAUGCAGAGAGCAGCGGGAAUACAUCUCCUCCAGGGAUGUCAGAACCAGGUCAUCAGUGCAGCUUGAAAGUGUCUCUUUUCUGAUGACAGAAUGCUCAAAGGGUCUUACUAUAUCACUAUACAGGGCAGUCCAUAAAAUCUUGACUGCCAUUGUCACUGCUAUUGAGCUUUUUCAUUCUGGCUACAUGUAAACUGAAGCCACGGUCCAUAUCUCCAUUUUUCCCCUCGAUAGAUUAGUGGUAAGUAUUUAAAACAUGUCUAUAAGGUAGUGUGCCAACUAACCAACGCUGAUGUGUUUGUUCAAAUAAAGAGGUAUCCUUUUCUACUUGAGAAAGAAUGUAAAAUGUCAUUAGUUGUUGUCAUGUACAGGCUUGGAAUUUGUGGCAAUACCCUGAUAUUUCAUUAGUGGGUUUUGUUUGUCAUGUGAUACUUAAGAUAUAACUCAGCUCAGUAAUUCUAAUGAAAACAUAAGUUGAAAACCUUGAUUUACAAAAGAAGUGUAACAUGUUAUAUUGAGCACAUCCAUACAUGAUAUAAUUUCCCCCUUGCAUAAAAUAUUAAAUAAAAUGGUAUAACUUGUGCGAGAAUACAGAGUGAUAACCUUAAGUUGUUUUCAGUAUUUGUGUUUGUGGUAACAUGACAUGUUUAGUAGAAUCUUUAGUACACCAGGGCCCUGCUUUAAAUUGAUUAUGUCUAAUUUCUCCAAUUUCAAUUGGAGUGUCAGGGAUGUUGAAAGCUCACCUACCAGGCAAGUGAAAGUUAGGUGUCUGGAAUAGACCUUUACAAUCUGGAAACUGCAACCAAGUGGGAAGUUUCUGGAGAGUCCAGUUACACAAGUUCAUUGGAUCUAGGACCCACCACGUGAUGACUUAUUAUUGUAAUAAUGAGAUAAUUAUUUCACAUGUACAGAGAUUUCAUGUGCUAUGGUAAAAUUUCAAAUUGUAGACAAUAAAAACAAAACUCAGCUUCUA